GCAGGAUUGUGUGGCUCGCAGGUGCGCUCGUCUUCGCAGUGUUUGGCGAUGUUGUGCUCGCGGGAGCGCUGAUUCAGGACAAGGUUGCAGUAAAAAGUGCAUUUUCGAAUAGUGUCGUAAUCUUCUGCAUUAAAUUAUAGGAAAUUAAGAUUACAGUAUCAAUUCAAUAUGUCUGAGCCUAUAACAUUAAAUGUAGGAGGAAAAUUGUAUACCAGUUCUCUGGCAACUUUAACACGAUAUCCAGACUCGAUGCUGGGUGUAAUGUUCAGUGGGAAAAUGCCCUCAACUAGUGAUCAGCACGGUAAUUACUUCAUUGACAGAGAUGGGAAAAUAUUUCGAUAUAUUCUAAAUUUUUUGCGCACAUCAAACCUCGACCUCCCAGAUGAUUUUCAAGAAGUUAGGCUUUUGAAGAGAGAAGCUGACUUUUACCAGAUCCAGCCUUUAAUCGAGGCUUUACAGGAGAGAGAGUCUGAAAUUGCCAAGGCGGAAAGGAAUGCAAUGCUCAACAUUACUCUGGACCAGAGACUGCAGACUGUGUACUUCACUGUUAAACCAGCCCCACAAAUGUACAACCUAACCUCAUGUAGUACAGAGGUCUUUGAUGCCAACAUAUUUUGCACAUCAGCUGAAUUCUUGAAGUAUUUGAGCUCCAAGUUUUGUUACUUUGUUAACGGUAAACUUUUACCAAUUGGCUAUGAGAUAAAGGAUCCACACCAUUUGACAUUACAGUGGGUUGGACAUGUGGCAGUGCUGCCUGAAGAUGAAUACACAAAGCAACAUUUAAAAAGACUUUGGAUUGUGCCUACAAAUGAGCAAGUUAAUAACUUUCAGUUGUUUGUGGAGGAAGUGCUAAAAACAGCAAUGAGUGAUGGAUUCCAUGUAGAUUCACUACAGCCAGAUUCCUCUGAUUUCAUGAAUUACAAGGUACUUCGUCUAGUCCGAUAUAAAUAGAAAACUUCUCCUAAAGUAUUGAUAAUUGUACUUGUAUUACUGUGUAACAGUAAAAGCCUUAAAUUAUUUUUGUCCUAAACUAUAUGGCACUUUAAGUUAAAUUGCUGCAUUUACUAAACCUGAGUAAUAAGAGCUCACCAAUGUAAUCUAUGUGAUAGUUUAUUUUGUGAUGAUAUUGGCAAAUUCCAACAAUUUAUUUUUACCCCA